CCAAGGUCUGGCACGACCCGAACGCAGCAGAAGUCGUCAAGAUCUCCGAGGGCCAGCUCUACCUUGUGCGGGAGGAGACUAUACGCUGCGACAGAGAAUGUAUAUACAAAGAUGCGAUGGCGACUAUCCGGAGGGUUCCAUCGCUGGACCACAACUUUCAGCUAGUGAUUACGAGGGUGUACGAGGAAGGAGAUCAGGAGCUGUUCGAGGACGAAGAUGAAACUGAUGAGGAGCGCGUUUUCCUAAUCAGCGAGGAGCUCGAGUUCCGGACAGGCGAGAACGCAGAAAAGGAACCCAUUUUCGUCUGGCGGGAUAUCGAAGGCGACGUCAACGAAUUCUACGAGUACGUUGCAGGCGGCACGAACGCCCCCACCAGAGUCCUCUUCGAGACUUGCAUGUAUCAAGCGAUGUACGAGCGCAAGUAUAACCGAAGCGCCGACCAUACGACGGACGAGGACCUCGCGCAGUUCACCUACAAGCCCCCUGUUAAGAAAGGGAAGGGCAAGGCGACAAGGACCGCCGCCGCUAGAAAUCCAGAGCCACCUGCGUCACAGGAGUCCGCCUUUGUCGAUUCACCCUCCUCCUCCCAGGCCACCGCGGCGACCUCAGCGCCAUCGAGCUCACAGUCCUCCCAGCCGAUGCCUCCGUCAGAUCCCCAGUUCGAGGUCCUCGGCAGCGUCGAAGCCCAGCUCCAUCUCUUCGACAAGGGCUCGUACUCGUUCGAGUUUCAAUUCGAGGGCGUCGCGCAGAUCGUCCGCCCGGCGAGCGGUCCCGCGUUCACCUUCUUCCUGUGCAUAUGGCGUGACGGCGACAAGGUGCUCCUCCACCGCGUCGACUCGAACAUGAACCAGAGGUGGGCGCUGAGGACGCACUCCUUGACCUGGAACUACGUGGCCGAGUCUGGACACCAGAGCAGCUGGUCGAUCGCACUCAUGCACGAUGCGGACUACGAGCCGUUCAAGGAGAUGUUCACGCGCGCUAUGUGGGAGUCGUUGCAUGAGGAGUCAUGGGGUAAAGCGAAGAGCGACGAGCAAGCGUAUGUGAUGAGCGCGACACAGGACGAAGAUGUCGUCAUGCAGGACGUUGAGGACGACUCGGACGAUGAGGGUGAUGUUGUAGAUGAGCUUGGCAAAGAGAGCGAUGAGUCGGAGCCGGAAGAAGACGAAGAUCAACAAGAGGACGAAGAGAAUCAACUGCCAGCUGGUGAUAAGAAUUCCCAGCUAACGGUUGGAUACAGGGGCGAUAGGUCAUACGUCGUUCGCGGAAACAACAUUGGCGUUUUCAGCCACACGGGAGACCAGGUCAAGUACUACUCGACCAUCAGUAAGAUUGCUGCUCCGAAGGGUAGCAAGGCGAUCAACCCCGCACAGAUCAUGCUUCAUGACCGAGAUUCCAAGAUGAUUAUCAUGGACAAAGACACGCCUAACUCGGUAUUCCACCUCGAUAUCGAGCGUGGCAAGAUUGUAGAGGAGUGGAAGGUCAACGAGAACAUACCAGUCAGACACAUCGCUCCGGAGAACAAGUUUGCACAGAUGACUCCGGAGCAAACCUUCAUUGGCGCGUCGGGCAACGCACUCUUCCGCAUCGAUCCACGCAUCUCGGGGGACAAGCUUGUCGACAGCCAAUACAAGCAAUACGUGAGCAAGAACAAGUUCUCGGGUGUGGCGACGACAAGCACCGGGAAGCUUGCCGUCGCGAGCGAGAAGGGUGACAUCCGACUCUUCGAUUCGAUUGGCAAGAACGCGAAGACGGCGCUCCCGCCGCUCGGCGAUCCGAUCCUUGGCAUCGACGUGACCGCCAACGGCCGCUGGAUCGUCGCGACGACGCGCACCUACCUCCUCCUUAUCGACACACUCAUCGGCGAAGGCCGCUACACCGGUCAGCUUGGCUUUGACCGCAGCUUCCCGGCGAACGCCAAGCCGAUCCCGAGGCGGCUGCAGCUUCGCGCCGAGCACGUCGCCUAUAUGUCUCACCCCGUUGAGUUCACACCCGCACGAUUUAACGCGGGUCCAGAUCAGGAGGAGAACGCGAUCGUCACGUCGACGGGAGAGUACGUCGUCGCGUGGGACUUUGCCAAGGUCAAGAAGGGCCAGCUGGACAAGUACGAGAUCAAGAAGUACGAGGACAACGUCGUCCAGGACAAUUUCAAGUUCGGCGACUCCAAGGAGAUUAUCGUCGCGAUGGAGAACAACGUCGUCGCCAUAAACAAGAAGCAGCUCAAGCGGCCGACGCGUGCCUCGCUUGCUACGCCGAUAACGGACCUCCGGAGCCGCUCGAACAUCGUCGAAGCUCCAUACUGAAGUACUAGCUACUUCGGACGGCUAGAGGUUUCACAAUUUCCGGGUCUCGACUUUCAAGUACACGCACUGUGAUGACUAUCUCUUGUUGUAAUACGUAGGCUGUAUGAUUCUUUUGCUCUGGGAAUUGUGUAAUAUGAUUUGCGUUUCUUUUGCGUUCUCGACUUGUGCCGCCCCUCGCCUACGCAAUCUCCGU